UAUACACUAUGGGAAAUCAAAAUCCACAAGGGUUUAAUCCCUUCAAUCCCAAUCAAGGAAGAGGAAAUAAUCAAGAUAAUAAUAACAAUUAAAACAAGGAUUAGCAAAAAAAACCACCUCCUCCACCAUAAAGAGUCGGAAGGAAAAAGCUUAGAAAAGGUGUUGAAUAAGCAUCCAAAUUACCAGCAGGUAUUUAUUAUUAUAUAUUUCUUAGCAACACCAAUUGCUAAGUGUAGAUUAAAAUUACUUAAAAAUGAGAGAAUUAAAGACUAUUUGCUGUUAGAAUAGGAAUUUAUUGAAAAUUAAUAAAGAUUAAAGCCAUUAAAAGAAUAAGAUCAAGCUGAAUCAGAAGAGCAGAAAAAAAUAGAAUAACUCAGAGGCACACCAAUGAUGUAAUAACAAUUUCUAAUUUGAAAGCGUAGGAACAUUAGAAGAAUUUGUUAAUGAAAAUCAUGCUAUUGUAUCGUCCUCGGUUGGUCCAGAAAGUUAUUCAGGAAUUAUGAGUUUUGUUGACAAAGAUUAAUUGGAGCCAGGUUGCUCUGUUCUUUUAAAUUAAAGAUGUAAAAAUACUCUUUGAUUUAUUACAAUAGCCUAUGCAGUUGUUGGUAUUAUGUAAGAUGAAAUUGAUCCUCUUCUUAAUGUGAUGAAAGUUGAUAAAGCUCCACUUGAAUCCUAUGCAGACAUUGGAGGUCUUGAAUAGUAGAUUUAGGAAAUUAAAGAAGCUGUGGAACUUCCAUUAACACAUCCUGAAAUAUAUGAAGACAUGGGAAUCAAACCACCAAAAGGUGUUAUCUUAUAUGGAGAACCAGGAACUGGAAAGACACUUUUGGCUAAGGCAGUUGCCAAUGAAACUUCGGCAACAUUCUUAAGAGUGGUUGGGUCAGAAUUGAUAUAGAAAUAUCAAGGAGAUGGUCCUAAAUUAGUUAGAGAGUUAUUCAGAGUUGCUGAAGAGCAUGCUCCUAGUAUAGUAUUCAUUGAUGAAAUUGAUGCUGUUGGUACUAAGAGAUAUGAUUCACACUCUGGGGGUGAAAAAGAGAUUUAAAGAACAAUGCUUGAAUUGUUAAAUCAAUUAGAUGGUUUCGAUUCAAGGGCUGACGUUAAAGUAAUCCUUGCCACGAAUAAGAUUGAAUCUCUUGAUCCAGCUUUGAUUAGACCUGGACGUAUUGAUAGAAAAAUAGAGUUCCCAUUACCUGAUGUAAAAAAUAAAAAGAAGAUCUUUUAAAUUCACACUAGCAAAAUGAAUCUAGGAGAGGUACUUAUUUAUUUCUAUAAUUAGGAUGCAAAUUUAGAUGAAUUUAUUAAUGCUAAAGAUGAAUUAUCUGGAGCUGAUAUCAAAGCCAUGUGUACAGAAGCUGGUUUAUUGGCUCUAAGAGAAAGAAGAAUGAAGAUAACAUAAGAAGAUUUCAGAAAAGCUAAAGAAAAGAUAUUAUAUUUGAAAAAAGGAAAUAUUCCAGAGGGUCUCUAUAUUUGAGAUAAUAUCUAUAAAUACA